UGGCAGGAGCUAUUUGGUGUUUUUGUUGCUGUGUUUAUAAAAGACCUGCGGUGAAAAAUGUGUGUUGCACUCGUAGAAAUAUGUAUAUAUGUAUUAUAUUUUGUGGGUGAUAUUAUUAACGCACUUUGUUUUGUUAUACACAUGGCCGAAAAUGGCAGAAAACGGUGUUCAACAAAUGACUCCUCUCGAAAAGAAAAUCGAUGAUCAAAUUCAGUAUUACUUUGGUGACCACAAUCUACCUCGAGACAAAUUCCUUAAAGAACAGAUCCAACUUGAUGAUGGAUGGGUGCCACUAGAAACCAUGAUCAAAUUUAACAGAUUGAGUUGUUUGACAACAGAUUUCAAAGUAAUCCUGGAAGCUCUGAGCAAAUCCAAAACUGGGCUCCUAGAAAUCAGUGAAGAUAAAACCAAGAUCAGAAGGUCUCCAAGCAAGCCCCUGCCUGAAAUUAAUGACCAAUACAAGGACGAAAUCAAGCACAGAUCGGUCUAUGUUAAAGGUUUUCCCACAGACAUAACCCUUGAUGAGUUGAAGGAAUGGUUUAAUGAUAAAGGCAAUGUUGAGAAUAUUCAAAUGAGAAGGACUUUGCAAAGGCAGUUCAAGGGCUCAGUUUUUGUUGUGUUUGACACUGGUGAAUCUGCCAAGAAGUUUGUGGAGCAAAAGGACCUGAAAUAUAAAGAGACAGAAAUGAUUGUACUCCUAAAAGAAGAUUACUUUACAAAGAAAAAUGAAGACAGAAAACAUCACAGAGCUGAAGUCAAGGCUAAAGCAAAGCAUGAGAAAGAAGAGAAGCAAAAACAGGCAGAAGAUGAAGAGAUGAAAUCAUUGGAUGAACAGACUGGCUGCCUGCUGAAGUUUUCUGGUGAACUUGAGGAUAAGACUUCCAGGGAAGACCUUCAGGAAUUAUUUUCUGGUCAUGGAAUGAUCAAAUGGAUUGACUUCACCAGGGGUGCUAAAGAGGGUACCAUUCUUUUUAAAUCAAAUGCUAAAGAAGCACUAGAUAAGGCCAAAGCAGCUCAUGGAGCCAACUUGCAAAUAAACAAGAAGGAUGUGACCUGGGAGCUGUUGGAGGGUGAUGAUGAAAAGGAGACUUUAAAGAAAAUAAUUGAAGACCAGCAACAGUCAUUGAACAGAAAAAGAGGCAGAGGAGGUCGUAAGUUUGGAGGAAAGGGUGGCCGAUGGGAGAGGGGUGGAAGAGAUCAGGGAACACUGCAGUACCAAGGCAAGAAGACAAAAUUUGAAAGCGAUGAUGAAUGUGAUCCAGAAACGUUAAGUGCAGAGAAGAAAGUAAAGGAUGAGGAAGCCAAGGCACCAGUCUCAAAUGAACCAAAAAUAGAACCUGCAAGCCCAAUGAAGCGAGCUUUGGAUGAUGUGAAGGCUGAAGAGGUUGGUGAACCAGCUUCAAAACAAAUGAAAACAGAAAAUGGCUCUGGGAAGCAGUAA